AUGGAGGAGGCAACGCAGAGAGCGUUCAAACUCCUUGGGGAAGAGAAGAUUGACGUGCUUGUCAACAAUGGAGGGAUAUCGACCAGAUCAUUUGCGGACGAGAUGAGAUGGAGUUUAGAUCGAGACGUCAUGACCGUCAACUACCUAGGGCCCGUUGCUCUAACCAAGGCCGUCCUCCCCGCCAUGAUGGCGAGACGGGCGGGUCAGAUCGUCGUCAUCAGCUCGGUGCAGGGCUUGAUUGCUCUACCUGCUCGUACCGCUUACAGCGCUUCCAAACAUGCUCUCCACGGGUUCUUCGAUGGCCUUCGUGCCGAAGUGUCUUCAAGAGGAAUCGGAGUGACUGUCAUCUGCCCCGGGUACGUCAAGACUUCUCUGUCCAUCAACGCCAUCAACGCCCAGGGAGAGAAGAUGGGAGAGUUGGAUGAGAAUGCCAAGAAGGGCAUGACGACGGAGGCGUUCGUCGAGACGAUCAUUGCAAAGGAUUUUGACGCCCAUGUCGCUCCUUUCCUCCGCGUCCUCACUCCGAAUAUUCUCGAGUUUUUCAUGAGGAAACGUGCAGCAAAGCAGCUGAAGAUCUCAGACAAGAAGGCGUGA